AAGCCCUCCUGAUGCGAGGGAGUUGAGAUGAAGUGGUAGGAGCGGAGCGCGAAGGGGAAUUUACGGCGUUAAGUGUGAGGCCCAGAGUGGAGGGGAGGAAGGCAUAGCGCACUCGGAGUCAUGGAGCAGGAGUUCGCGGAGAUCGACAAACAGGGCAACUGGGCGAUGCUUUACCAGGAAAUCCGACAUCAAGCCAGUGACUUCCCUUGUAAAGUAGCCAAGCUUCCAGAAAAUAAAAAUCGGAACAGAUAUAGAGAUGUCAGCCCCUUUGAUCACAGUCGAAUUAAGCUACAACAAGGUGAUAAUGAUUAUGUGAAUGCAAGCUUGAUUAAAAUGGAAGAGGCACAAAGGAGCUACAUUCUGACUCAGGGUCCUCUUCCAAAUACCUGUGGUCAUUUCUGGGAAAUGGUUUGGGAGCAGAAAUCUAGGGGCGUUGUCAUGCUCAACAGAGUGAUCGAAAAGGGAUCAGUAAAAUGUGCACAGUACUGGCCAAGUAAAGAAGGAGGAGAAAUGAUAUUCCCAGACACCCAAUUCAAGUUAACAUUAAUUUCUGAAGAUGUGAAAUCAUAUUAUACAGUGCGGCAAUUAGAAGUGGAAAACCUUGCUACCAAAGAAACCAGGGAAAUAUUGCACUUUCAUUAUACCACAUGGCCUGAUUUUGGAGUUCCAGAAUCACCUGCUUCAUUCCUGAACUUUCUUUUCAAAGUGAGGGAAUCUGGCUCAUUAAAUCCAGAGUACGGACCUAUUAUGAUUCAUUGCAGUGCAGGGAUAGGACGAUCUGGCACUUUUUCUUUGGUUGAUACUUGCCUCCUUCUGAUGGACAAGCGGAAAGAUCCUUUGUCUGUGAAUAUUAAAGAAGUUUUAUUAGAAAUGAGGAAGUAUCGUAUGGGUCUCAUUCAGACAGCUGAUCAAAUGCGUUUCUCCUAUAUGGCUAUUAUUGAAGGGGCCAAAUUCAUUAUGGGAGACUCCUCUGUGCAAGAACAGUGGAAAGAGCUGUCUAAUGAAGAUCUUGACCCGCCUCCAGAGUAUAGUCCUCCACCCCCACGGCCUCCCAAAAGGACAACUGAGACACUGAAUGGUAAAACACCAGAUCAUAGAAUAUCCUUUCCUGACCCAAAUGAAAGAACUUGUGAGAAGAAACAGGAAGAAAGUCAUGAUGGCGUAGUGAACCAACGCACCAGGUCAAGGGCAGAAAGUUCAGAGCCAGAAAUUCGGAAGAGGCACGUUGGCGCAAGUGCAUCUAUGCCCACGGAGACAAGUGAACAAGUGAAUCCAGGAAGAAGUGAAGAAGAUGAGGUGGUGGUGGAAGAGAAAAACUCAUGUUCACAUUGGAAACCUUUUAUGGUUAAUGUAUGUGUGGUCACUGCUCUUACAGCUGGGGCUUACCUCUGUUACAGGGUAUGCUUUCAUUGACAAAUACUCCAGAAAUAAUGUAUGUAUUACAGUACAGUAAAUAGAAAAUAUUUGCUGUUUUGGAAAACUGGAGGGUCCAUGUCUUAAGAAGCAAACUUAGUUUCUGAGACUGGAGCUUGGGCGCAGUUAUAGGGAUAUGAUGAUGAUGAUGAUGAUGCACUAUAGUUUGUUGUAGUUCCAUGGUCCCAAGAGCAUAACAAUCAAAUCUCAGGGCCUUGAAUAUUCAGGAGAAAGCAGUAAAAAUGCCAAAUAGCUCUUUUUUUUUAAAAAAAAGUAUGUGUGUGUGUGUGUGUGCGCGCGCGUGCGAGUGUGCUGGGAUAGGGCAAAAUAGUGUUGUAUACUGCAAUCUUUUGAUAUUGAGAAACUAAUCAUGUUCAGACAUAAUCAUAUCCUGUAACCCUGGUGUACUUAAUUCAUAAUUACAAUAUUAGUGUACGUUUUGCUGUUUUUACAUCCAAAUGAAAAAUGCCCAAUAUGUUCUUUAGAAACAUGAUGUAGCAUUUAUAUUAAACUUGUAUUUUCUUCCCAAACACCUCUCAAUAAUCGAAAAUAUAUCUUUUCUUAUGGAGUUUGGGCUGUGUCUGUGGUGAAAUUGCAUUAAUCCCAGCAAAGCUUUGGCUUUAUCUUACUGCUUUUGUUAAAACAGGUUUGUUAAGAGGCUUCCACUGCUGCUCAGGGUAUCUCAGCAAAUAGACCUCUUCAACUGUAUCUGAUAAACAUUUUGCAUUACACAUGUACUUGUUUGAGCACAGACCAUCAGAAAGCAAAGCAAAUUAACUCACUUUUAGCCUUUAGUUUAUUCAGUGACAGUAAUAAUGGAGGAGGGGUAAUACAAAAUGCAAACAUUUCCACCAGCAUUUUUACAGCUGCACCACAAAUAAAAUUUAAAUUGCUAUGUUUUUAACUGAACAUUUUUCCACUCCAUAUUUAUUUGUAAUUGUUGUCAAUUUUUUAACCAUCUAUGUAUUAUAAAUAUAGCAUUUUUCUUCAGCCUUGUAUCAAAGGCUCAAAGAUAAGUAAAAUAAGAUACCUCAUCAGUACUGAAAGCUGACCACCAGCUCCCUUGUAGAGCAUACGGUGCCAGUACUUAAUCUGAGGAGAAAUUGUAAGUAGUCAAUAUAUAGUCUGUUGUCUUCAGAAAAUAAAAGAAUUAACAUUUUUGGAUUAUGUAUAUCAAAGUACAGGGAUACUAAUAAUAUAUAAUAGGAGAUUAGUGUGUAAGCUAUAGAUUUGCUUUUUAGAAUGAUUAUCAAUGGUCUGGGUGUAUUUUGUAUCCUGGCAGUUGUAUAUUGAAUAUCGGUGCAGUAGAGUGCAUGCAGACUCCAUUAGUGUCAUUUAAAUAUGAAAUUGCUUGGAAUACAAAAGAUCUAUAUCUUAAUUACUACUGUGAACAUGUGUAGCAUACAUUGAAAAUCUUUGCAUGAUUGUUCUGGUUGGUAGUAUUGACAGUGGUUAUGACCAUUAACAAGUUGUUCCUUCAGUGGUUGAUUUCUCUGGCGGGUGUUUAUAUAACAGCUAGCAUAUCUGUGUUUCCAAUGAGUAUGGCAUGUGUGUUUGUAUAUAUAUUUAUCUCGUGUGUAUUUUUUUAAUCAAAUGUAAUUGAGAUGUCACAUUUCGGGUAGGUAGGAUCAAGUCCAGACAUUCCAAAUCGCCUGCAGGGCUUGUUCAUGUCUCACUUCCUGUUGUCUUAAGCGGGGCACAGUUCAGUAGUUGUUUAAUUUUGUUAGAUAAGGUUCAAUGUUUGGAGGUUUUUUUUAAAUCAGUGGCUCUCAACUAGGCUGUAUUCCUGUACAGAAAUAUGACUGGCUAAUCUGGUGACUUCCUACAUGUGUAUAAAUUACCAGGUUUUUGGCUGAUUUUGAGGCACUUUGUAGAGUUUCAAUCAAACAAGUCUACAUUUUAAUAGCCUAGAUCAAUGUUAAACCCUCAGCACGGAGGUAUUAUUUGAAUUCAGUCUAGAGGAAAUGAGUGAAUAAGCUCAGUGUAAGAUGUUAAAUUUAAAAAGGCUCUUGUAUACUUGUGUAGUUAUAGUGUAUGUACAGAAAAUUAAAAGUUGGGUCUGAUAUAUCUGUUAAAUACUAAAUAGCUGCUUUAACGUAAAUGAGCUAUUGAGCUGCUGUGCUACAUGCCUUAAUUAAAAUGCUCCCUGGAUCUUGCUGUUUCCAGCAUAGUCAUGCCAAUAAGAUAAUUGAACAGACCAAACAAUUAGAUUGUGUCAUUAAAUGUUUUGCACAUUUUGAUACCAUGAACUGAUUGUGGACCAUUAAUAAAAUGUAAAUUUUUCACAAAAAUGAUCUUUAGCAAUUUUGUCGAAGUUGUGGUUUAUCUUCACCAAUUGGAAAGGAAGUAUGGUGCACAUACCUGUAAUUUUUAGCACUCUUCAGUGCCUGUGUUCCAUCUGGAUACCCAACAUUUUUGUCCAUCCCUAUUUGUCUUUGAAUUGGGUGGCUUGCUAGCCCACUUUAGUCUGCAGUGGAUCUGAAGUCACAAAGACCAUGCUGCAUAAAGAUGACCAGUUUCUUUCCCUAAAGAAUACUUAUGAGCGAGAUAUGUUUUAUGGCAGUUUCAUGGAACCAUUAUUGAUGCCAGUUUUUUCUUUUUAAUUCCUUCAGUGUGGCAUUGAUGGCUACGCUGCCAUUUAUUGCCCAUUCCUUACUGCCUAGAGGGCAGUUAGAAAUCAAUCAUUACUGCAUGUCUGGAGUCACAUAUAGGCCACACCAGGUAAAGGUGACAAUUUCCUCCCUAAAGGACAUCAGUAAUCCAGAUGGAUUUUUCUGACAGUAGAUUCAUGUCAUCAUUUGAUUUUUAAUUCCAGAUUUUUAUUGAAUUAAAAUUCCAUGAUCUGCACUGACUGCAUUCAAACCCAAGUCCCCAAAACAUUAUCUGGUUCUCUGGAUUAACAGUCCAGCAAUGGUAUCACUAGGCUGUCCCUCCCCAGAUUUUAUUUGAAUUUAAAAUUCAUCAAUUGCUCUGGUGAGAUUUAAAGCUAGAGCACUCGUUUGUGCCUCUAGAUUGCUAAUCAACAUUACUACUGGGCCACUGCCUCCCCCAGUCCAGUGACCAAAUGCAUAAGACUUGGAUCUUAUGGAAUGUCAGCAUUUGAAGAGUAGCACAUGUUAAGUAUGAAAUAACCUUUACCUCCCAAAGACCCCUCUGUGAUGCUGACUGAAUGAGGAAAGCAAGGCGGAAAGUAUAAAAUCAUUGAAAUCAUAACUCUGGUACUGUUGCUCAAUGUGGAGACCUAAUUCAACCUUCCUUUAAUUUGCAGUGAUCAAUAUUCUUGCUAGCAGCAAAUUUACUAACUUAUGAAAAUAUCUGUAUGUCAUCAAUUUUCAUGCAAUCAAAGCUUGUAAUUGGGAUAUUUUGGUUUAUUCAAGUUUAAAAAAGAUGAACUUAGUCAAAUAUGCAAAAGUGUAUAGGGGUGAAUUUGAUCCAGGGUUUCUAGUGGAUUUUGAAUGAACAAGCAAACUUCAGUAUUUGUGUGCCAUAGUUUAUUGUUCUGAAAUCUUGAGUUUGAAGAUUUAGGGCAAUGCCAAAUGCAAUUUUAACAAUCCGUUCCACAAAGGAAGUUAUGGCCAGGAGACAAGUCAACAUUGUAGAAACUGGCUUGUAAACUCUGCACCACCAUUCAUUUGAAUCAUCAAUUUUUCGACAGGCUUGUUGCUGUCUACCUGUAGAGAAUUGAAGAUGGUCAUUCGUAGAGUCUUACAAUACUGAGUUGUGUUAAAGUUUCAGCAGUAAGCAUGAGCCUCUGUGUCAUUUGACCAUGUUUUGUCAUCCAUCCCAAUAAAUAAAAGAAAAAUCAACAACGUUGCUCUUAUACAAUAGUCACAUGAUUGCUAGAAUAUAGUCCAGUUAUCUGACUUCUAUUAUCCUGGACCUGAAGAGGCCACUGAGUCAACAAGUGUGUACUUUCUCUGUUCCUCUCUUUGAUUACCAUAACAAUAAGAAAUAGGAGUAGAGUCAGACCAAUCAGUCCAUCAAGGCUGCUCCGCCAUUCGGUCAUGGGUGAUGCAUUUCUCAAACCCCAUGCUCUUUAUCAUCUUCCCAUAAUCCUUGAUCCCCUUACUAUCAAUAACUUAUCUAUUUCUGUCUUAAAGGCAUUCAAUGAAUUGGCUUCCACAGCCUUCUAUAACAGUGAAUUCCACACAUUCACCAUCCUCUGGCUGAAUAAAUUUGUUCCCUCUAUGUAUGUUGUAUAGGACUGAUCUGAAGUGCUGUGAUUAAAGUGAUAGCCUUGGUAGGAUAAUGGAGCAGUUGCUCUGAGAACCUUUCUUUGGAAACCUAGUGACAAGGUUUUAAAAAACCUUGAUUUUGUUUAGCUGGUGAUUAUUUUUGCAUGUCGGUUACAGCAGACAUGGCUGACAGUGUGGUUUGAAAUGUGCAAUUUAAUUAAUCUAAGACUAAACAGCAAGAUCUAAAAUUCUACACCACCUUCAGAAUAGAUUUGUUGAAAUGAGCUGUUGAAAGGAAUAGAAUAUCGUUAAUGAAGUAAAUAAUUUUUGGGAAGCUGACCAUAAGUCAGUUUUACUAAAUGCCUAGAUGCUGCAUAAAUGGAAAGAGACUGAUCUUCUAGUGCUCUGCCAGAGCACAGAUCCCAAUGUUCAGUUAGUGUUUUUCCACCUUCAGCCCUCUAUAAGCCUCAUGCCCUUUAACUUUAAAUCUAUGACCCCUGGUUAUUGAUCGUUCUACUAAGGAGAAACUGUCUUUCUAUCUUCCCUCUCUAUAUCCCUCAUACGUUUGUAGACCUCAAUCAGGUCCCCCUUCAGCCUUCUCUGCUUUAAGAAAAACAACCCAGCUCAUGUAGUGUCUCUUCACAACUGAAACUGUCCAGCCCAGACAACAUCCUGGUAAAUAUCCAUUACUAUUGAGUACAAUCUCAUCCUUCAUAGUGUCAUCUGUCAUCAUUUGAAUACAGAAAUAGGCAGUACAAAUAAAGUCAAGAAUCUGAUGUGUCGUCUUAAUUACUUUAUCCCCACCUGUCCUGUUGCCUUCAAGAAUCUGUGGCAAUGCACACCAGUAUCCCAUAAUCUUUUUUAUCUCUAUUGGCCCAACAUUCAUUGUGUACUCUUCAUUCCUUAGUCUUUCCAAAAUGCAUCACCUCUCAGUAUUUUCUGGAUUUAAUUCCAUCUGUAUUGCCCUACAAAUCGGGCUUUCCUUCUUGCUAUUUACCACACAAUUAAUUUUAAUCUCAUGCAAACUUACAAAUCAGACCUCUUACAUUCAUGUCUAAACCACAAAUGUAUACUACAAACAGCAAGGGACCAAGCACCAAAUUCUACUGCUGGAACAGGCUUCCAAAAACAACCUUUGACCAUUACGUUCUACCUCCUGCAACUAAGCCAAAUUUAGGUCCAGUUUGCCAAUUGCCUUAGAUCCCAUGUGUUCUACCUUAUUGCCCAAUGUUCCAUGUGAGUCCUUACCAAAGUCCAUGUAGAUCACAUCCACUGCACUAUCCCCACCGAUACCUCGUCAGCUUUUUGACUCCCAAAUGCUCCAAUGUUGAUUAUCCAACAAGUAACUACUCCCAGUCUACUUUGCCAAAACCGGUCUCAUCAUAUUAAAAUCAGCUUUUCCCCCAAUUCAAAAUUUUAUUUCUGGUCCAGGUUAUAAUCUAAAAGGUUUAGUCAGAAGCACUAGCUUUUGGAGUGUUGCUCCUUCAGGUGGUAUAGACUCAGAAUUUGUAGCAAAGGUUUAGUGUGAUGU